AUGCAAAUUUUUGUCAAAACAUUAACUGGAAAAACUAUAACCCUUGACGUCGAGCCAUCUGACACUAUUGAGAAUGUAAAGGCAAAAAUUCAAGAUAAAGAAGGAAUUCCACCUGACCAACAAAGAUUAAUAUUUGCUGGAAAACAAUUAGAAGAUGGAAGAACAUUAUCAGACUACAACAUUCAAAAGGAAUCUACAUUACACUUAGUGUUAAGACUAAGAGGUGGUAUGCAAAUUUUUGUUAAAACAUUAACAGGAAAAACCAUUACUCUCGAUGUUGAACCAUCUGACACCAUUGAGAAUGUUAAAGCAAAAAUUCAAGAUAAAGAAGGAAUUCCACCUGACCAACAAAGAUUAAUAUUUGCCGGAAAACAAUUAGAGGACGGAAGAACUCUAUCAGAUUACAAUAUUCAAAAAGAAUCCACCUUACACUUAGUGUUAAGAUUAAGAGGUGGUUUUUAA